AUGGCGCUCGUUGCGUUGAGCACUCUCGGCCUCCUGGUGAUAGACGCCAUACCUACAGUAAUCGGCGUCGCAGAGGCCAUUGAUGCUCAGAAGAAGCAAAACCAGCAAGCGAAAGAAAGAAUAAAGUUCAAUUUGACUACCAAUUUUUCAAUCGACGGAAAAUCCCCUAUACAGACAGCUACUGCGGUAUUCAAAGACAACAAGCUGUAUCUAGACCACCCCGCACAUCCAGUCUCGGGCUACAAGUUCAACGGUUUCUAUUUUCCCUACCCGUGCGAGGAGAAGCACCAGGGUAUGGUCUCCAUGGCCUCGGAUGAUCCUCCGGCGCUGCACUGGAUCUAUGCACACAGGGACUCUGGGGAGAUACGUCACGGCACUCGAGGUGAGACGGCAGGACACAUUAUUGGACCCUGGAAUUGGUCGGAUGAUGAGGAAUGGCUAGUACUAGAGGACACACCUUAUUUCUACGCAGUACAAGGUGAGGAUGGAGCUUGGUCUGUAUACCAUGAUAAGUCCAAAACCCUCAAACAGCGACUUGCUCCAUUGAAGGUAUUGGAUAUUAGCCUUCACCGUGAGCUUCAGCUAGGCGUAAGCAGUCGCAUGGUGGGCGGAGAUAAGUAA